AUUUACGACGCUGGGGAAUAUUUCAUGCUUAACCAAGUACAGGAGGUCGAUCCAGAUAAUGAAGAGGUCACUGCCCGUUGGCAGGCCACUGUAAUAUCUAAAAAUCUUAGUUCAAAAAAAUUCAUACGUCAUUAUAGUAUUAGUAUUCCAUCCACCGAACACAAAGAUUCGAUUCCUAUCAAAACAUCCGUUUGGUACUUUCUGGACGAGUUCGGCUUACGUAUUCAACAUUCUGAUCGCCCAAAUGAAUAUUAUAUGGCUUAA